AUGGGUAAGAUUGAACUAGUAGAGAAAGUUGUAAUUGUUCCUGAGCAACCUACACCCCACAAGAGAAUGUUUCUGUCAAAUAUUGACCUGUCCCUUGUUGUUUACCAAGACUCUGCCUCCUUUUUUGACCCUCCAAGCACCCAAAUGAGUUUCAGUGAGAUUUGUAACAGAUUAUACACUGCACUCAGUAAAAUGCUUGUGCAAUAUGACUUUAUGGCUGGCAGACUAGUGCCAAGUUUGGAAGAGGCUCAGAGAUUUGAAAUUGACUGUAAUGGUGCUGGCAUUGUGGUUGCAGCUGCAAGAACUGACAGAAAAUUGAGUGAAUUUGGUGUGAUUUCUGCACCUAAUCCAGAGUUGAGGGAAUUAGUUGUUUUCUUGCAUGAAGGGUGUGAUCAAGACACUGGCCUGAAAGAAAAACCCCUUGCAUCCUUACAGCUGACUCAGUUUGGUUGUGGAAGUUUGGCACUUGCUUCUCACUACAACCACUGCACACUGGACGGUUUUGCAAUAAGAGAUUUUGAGGUGAACUUAGGUGCAUUAACACGUGGUGAGGACCUCAUCAUAGUACCUAAUGCAGAUAGAACACUGCUGAGAGCUCGAAGCCCUCCAAAUGUAAGCCAUCCACAUUUUGAGUAUUCAAAAUCUGCUGACACACACAACAACUUGUUCACUCUCCGAGGCAAAAGUAGUACCAAUGUCACACAAUCCGUUCCAGAAAGCCAGAUUCAUGUGCUUUAUUUGUCGCCACAAAGCAUUGCUAGCUUCAAAAAGAAAGCCCUGGAGGACGACACCUUAAAGAACAUCACCACUUUUCAGGUUGUUGCUGCAAAAAUAUGGAAGGCAAGAAGCAUUGCAACAAGGAUGUCAGAGGAAAAUGUGUCCACAAUUCUAUUUCCAGUGGAUGUGAGGAAAAGGGUUGUUCCUGAACUCCCAGAUGGCUUUGCAGGAAACGCAUUGGUGCCUGGUUUUGCAAGAGCAACUGUGAGGGAGCUGAAGGAGCUAGAAGAUGCUUGUCACAUAAGCAAAGUGCAAGAAGGGCUUGAAAGAUUGGAUGAUGAGUACAUUAAGUCAGGGAUAGAUUGGUUAGAGGUGAACAAAGGGGCACCUUGUAUGGAAGAUAGUUUCUCCUUAGUGGCAUGGUGGAGAUUGGGGUUAGAGGAGCAACUUUUUGCAUGGGGUAGACUAAAGUGUGCCACCCCACUACAGGUUAAGCCUGGUUUGGUCAUGCUAUUGCCAGGGCCACAAGGUCAAGGGGGCAUUAACAUAUGCCUGGAUUUACCUGAGGAUCAAAUGCAAGAGUUUAGCAGGAUAGUGCUAGAAACUUAG